AUGUCUGGACCCGAAUAUAUUCAAGCCUUGCAAGGAAGCUUUUGUAUGGGAAUAUGCAAAUUAUUGUUUAGCAGGGUUCCAAUAAUCGAGUCAGACAAGCCAUUCACAGCGUUCGAAGCUGGGGGGAACCUAUACCAGUUUCGGCGCAUUCCUUUUGGAGUCACAAACGGGGUUGCGUGUUUUGAGCGAACGCUGAACAAUAUAAUCAAAGCCGAAAGGAUAAAAUACACAUUCGCUUAUACCGAUAACGUCACUGUAUGCGGCAAAACGAGAGAUGAAACCAAAAACCUAAAAUAUUACUUCAAACGAUACAAAAAGCAGCUUCGCAACUGA